UGAUUGAAUCAGGUCAAAAGGACAAAGCACAUUGUGUCCAGAAAAAGAAGAAGCAAAAACAAACUCAGUUUACGGCUAGCUAACGGAAAAUGAGCAGCCUGGAAGAAGCACUGCUGCAGAAGCCGCCCCCGUCGGUGGUUGUGUGCCACCACGCCGCCGCGGCCUGCCACCAUGAGGGGUGCCCCGGGUGCGCCAUGGACCGGAGGAAGGAGAGCCUCCGCGGGAGGAUCCCUUACAAGGAGCUUUUCUUCGUCGCUGCCACCACUCUCGCUGGAUCUCUACCAAUCACGUGCCUCUUCCCCUUCAUGUAUUUCAUGGUUAGAGACUUCAACAUUGCUAAAAGAGAGGAAGAUAUUGGAUCCUAUGCUGGUUUUCUUGCUGCUUCAUACAUGAUUGGAAGAGCCAUUACCUCGAUAUUUUGGGGUAUUGCCGCAGAUCGUCUCGGACGAAAGCCUGUAAUUGUAUUUUCAAUGCUAUCUGUGGUCAUACUUCAGAUAUUCUUCGGGCUAAGUACAAAAUAUUGGAUGGCGAUUGCUGCAAGACUUCUCCUAGGUUCUCUAAAUGGAUUACUUGGACCAAUUAAGGCUUAUGCCAUUGAAGUUUGUCAAACUGAACACCAAGCUCUUGGCAUCUCAGUUCCUGCUGAAAAAUAUCCAGAGACAUUUUCCAAAGAGUCAGUUUUCGGGAGGUUCCCAUAUCUUUUACCUUGUCUCACUGUGUCAAUCUUUGCUGCCAUUGUUCUAAUAAGUUGUAUAUGGCUUCUGGAGACUAUACAUAAACAUAAGAUUACUGAAAAGGAUGUCAGAAUAGUCAAAGCCUUGCCAUCGCAACAGGCACAUUGGGAUAUGCCUCGUAAGAAGAGUUUGCUUCAGAACUGGCCAUGGAUGUCAACUAUGCUAUCAUAUUGUUUGUUUGGUCUUCAUGAAACGGCAUAUAGUGAGAUACUUUCCAUAUGGGCUGUGAGUGACAGAAAGUAUGGCGGCCUUAGCUUCUCAUCUGGAGAUAUUGGUCAGGUUCUUUCUGUGUCAGGUGCUAGUCUUCUUGUAUAUCAGCUUAUAAUUUAUCAUUGGGUUAAUAAAUUUCUCGGGCCACUCAAUUCAUCGCGCAUUGCUUCCUCUCUAUCUAUUCUUGUACUCGCUACGUUCCCCUUUAUGACAUAUCUAUCGGGAACAAAACUGUCUUUCGCUCUUUACGCUGCAGCCAUGACGAAAAGUGUUCUCGGAAUUACUAUCAGUUGUGGAAUGUGCCUUCUUCAGAACAAUGCAGUGCGUCAAGACCAGAGAGGCACUGCAAAUGGUAUAGCGACAACCGGCAUGUCGUUUUUCAAGGCAGUUGCUCCAGUAGGGGCAGGAAUUCUAUUCUCAUGGGCGCAAAAACGUCACGAUGCCACCUUCUUCCCAGGUGAUCAAGUGGUAUUCUUGAUGCUGGUUGUGGUGCAGCUCUGUGGACUGAUAUCUACCUUCGAGCCAUUCCUGGUCUUGCCUCCAGUAGAAGAAUGUCGGUAGGACAUAGAGGGGAGAUCAAAUGUGCAACUGCAAUGUUUAAAAAAUGUGGACCCUACUAGGUAUACCCAAGUCAAACGCACAUGUGAGGAGGAUCAUUGACCAAGUCAAAA